ACCCGUGCAGACUCAGACAACAUGGCGGACGAGGUGGAGCAGCAACCGACGACCAACACGGUGGAGGAGCCGCUGGAUCUGAUCCGCCUGAGUCUGGAUGAGCGGAUCUACGUGAAGAUGAGGAACGACCGGGAGCUGCGUGGCCGACUGCACGCCUACGAUCAGCAUCUGAACAUGAUCCUCGGUGAUGUGGAGGAGACGGUGACGACGGUGGAGAUCGACGAGGAGACGUACGAAGAACUUUACAAGUCGACCAAGAGGAACAUCCCCAUGCUGUUUGUGAGAGGAGACGGCGUGGUGCUCGUAGCUCCGCCUCUCAGGGUGGGCUAACCUCCAGCGUUUCCUGGUGUGACAGCUGAGGAGUUUCUCACCCUGGGAGGGGGGGGGGGGGGGGGGCUGAACCCGGGCGAAGGUUCAAACAUCGUCUGCGGUUCCGACCGUCGACUUCACAAACCUCUAAUUCUACGUUCAACGCUCGAGGGUCAGAAGCUUUGCAGGUUUUGAAACUUCCCUGUGUGAAGCUGCAAAGAUAAAAACACACAAACAGAGAAAGAGGAUUUUUGAUUUGGACUUAAAUGAGCUUCUUUCUUUUUUCUUUUAUGUGGGUGUUUUGUUAUCAAAUCAAAUUCGGGGACGUGGUGAUUUCAGGCCACCUUUUCUCAGGACAUUUCAUUUGGUUUCUGAAUCGCCUCAGAUUUGUUUUUUUAAA